AUGGAUACCUACUACGGCCAUGUCCGGACUCCUGCAGAUGCAAUCAAGCUGUUUGAAGCUUGCCGCCUGGGUCUGCUACCUCGGGUCCAACGAAGAUUAUCAGAAAAGGAGAGGCAAUCUAUAAAGUCGGGAUCAGUAUUUGUUUGGGACGAGCGGGAAGCAGGAAUGCGAAGAUGGACAGAUGGAAAGUCCUGGAGCGCCAGCAGAGUAUCCGGAAGCUUUCUCACCUACCGUGAGAUGGAGGGCAAGCGGGGAGGAGGCCAGUUCGUGCCACAUUCAUCACGACGGGGAGCAGGGAAGACUCCAGACAGUGGGCGGGGGAGUGAUGAGGAUCAAGAUGGGGAUGGGGAUGGACAGGACGGAUACAGAUACAAGCCAGAUGGUCUGAUGAAGCAGUCGUUCAGCAUUACCACCUCCACAGGCCAACACCUCCACCUCAUCUCAUACUACUCUCGACCACAUCCCAACUCUCCCGAGCUCCCACAGCCUACGACCGACCCGCAACUUCGACACAUUGUCCCCGUCAAAGGGAUGUACCCAGAGUCCACGGUCCACGAGACUCCGGCGCCAGCACGAGCACCCAUGCAGCCAGGUCCAUACAUGCAAUCACCGCAUCAACCCCCGAUGCAAGCUCCCACGGGCCAGCGAGCUCCACCACCAUACGGGUAUUCCCAGGGCUACGCUUGGCCUCCAUCGCCUGCUUCUACUCCUCCAUUUCCGGGUCAUUACCAAGGUCCUGUGUAUCCGCAAGCCCUGCCACCUCCACCUCAACACCAAUCCCCAUAUCAGCAGCCUCCCGGAUCAGCUCAUACAUCACCAUACCAGAAUAUCCAACAAAAUCCUCAUCACCACCCUCCUCCCCCAACGUCAAUGGCCCAUGGACCCCCACAGCCAACCGCGUUUGAUCGUGCACCUCCACCACUCUCGGACUCAUCACUUCCACCACCGCCUCCCCCAUCUCAGCACCGUGGCGUGAGCAAUGCAACCCUCCAGAACACAAUGCCCGCUUAUCAACCAAACCCGAGUCCUCGCAUAGCCCAAGCACGGAUCAUGGCAGAGCAACAAGCAAUCGCGCAGAGAGCAUUGCAAUCAGCCUCCAUGGCCGAUCCUCGCCUGGCACUACCACCGACGUCUUUACCACCAGUGAACGGGAUGACCAGAUCCUCCACUCCCCCACACAACCACGUCAACGGACAAGCGAACACCCCCCAAUCUCCUGGCCGGGGCCCGUCACCAAACGGAACACCGAAACCAACCACGAAUACAUCGCAAGCUCAGAGCAUACCCAGCAUUUCUCACCUGGUACAUGCAACGGAUUCCGUGUCGGUGAUGAGCGACAACAAGAGCAACAGCAGUCGCGCUGGUAGCCGAAGUCCGAGGGAGAAUGGAGAACAGAGGCCGAAGGACAUCCCGCACGAGAAACUCAACAUCCGGGUCGAGGACCAGAGGGCCAUUCGGGUCCUUGAUAAGUUUGCCUUCUGA